CAAUCAGAUACUUCGUAUGUCUUCUCCACCUUUCUAUGUGAGUACGAAAAUUAUCUAAGUGCGUCAACGUUGUGUCCAGUGGUCAGUUCCACCACUUCACCAGAGGCUGAGUACAUUGCAGUUACAUUCCUACAUUGACCAUGGCGGAAAAAGUCGUACUAUAUUACUUCAAUGGCAGAGGAAGAAUGGAAGCAAUCCGCUGGCUUUUGGCUGCUGCUGGAGUUGAGUUCGACGAGGUUAUCCUGACCGAAAGGAAGCAAUAUGAGAAACUUCUUUCAGAUGGAGUCCUCAUGUACGAGCAGGUUCCACUGGUGGAGAUAGAUGGCCUGAAGCUGGUUCAGACCCGAGCCAUCAUGAACUACAUAUCGGAGAAGUACAAUCUCGAUGGAAAAGACCUCAAAGACCGCGCCAUGAUCAACAUGUACUCUGAGGGACUGAUGGAUGUCAUGGAAAUGAUCAUGUAUUUGCCCUUCAGUUCAGACCUAAAACCAAAACUUGACAAUAUUCAGAAAAAAGCAAACGAACGCUACCUGCCUGUGUUUGAGAAGGCUUUGUCCGGAGCCUCGUACCUGGUAGGAGACAGCCUCAGCCGUGCGGAUGUGCAUCUGCUAGAAUGUAGCCUGAUGCUGGAGGAGAAAUUCCCUGAAAUCCUCUCCAAAUUUCCAAAUAUUAAGGCUUUCCAGGGCAGGAUGAGUCAGCUUCCUAACAUCAGCAAGUUCCUGCAGCCGGGCAGCAAGAGAAAACCUCAGCCUGACGCUGUCUAUGUGAAGACAGUCAUGGCUGUGUUGAAAAUAAAUCUUUGAAGUUUGAAUGAGUUACAGAGAAGAUCUUUUUACAUAAUCAGUUUAAAUCAAUUUUUCUGUGCAAAACCCCACUUGAUAAACAAUGGAAUGCAAAUUGUCUAUUUCA